AUGGAAUCACUCUUAGAGGAUGCUCGCAUUGCUUUAAGAAUUUUAUUAGAACAAGCUCCACAACUUCUUGUCAAUGAUGUUGACCCACCUGAAAGUAUUAUUUGUUGCAUCUGCCUUAAUGAAGUUACUUUAAUGCAAACGUAUGUUAGGCUACCUUGCAAGCAUAUAUUACACUUCAAAUGUUUCAUAAAGGAAUAUUCCCAUAGACAGCGUUGCCCCAAUUGUCGUGAGCCUAUAGAAAAUAGUGAUUCUGAAGAUACAGUCAAUACGACUGAGUCAAGCAUACAAGCUGUGGAAGAAAUCGAGUAUUCGAAUGAAGACAUGUGGAUAGAUUAUGAUGCCCUUACCAAUUUUCAGACUGACUUUAAUCCUGAUCUUACACUAGAAAUACCUCUCAUCUCUCCAAAUAUUAAUAUAGAAUUAUCAUCAAAUAUCGCUAGUUCUUCUAAUACCCCUCAUAUUCCAAACACAACGGAUUCUUCUACCACUUCUCUUAACCAAAAUACAAGACGCAGAAACCCGACUCGCUCUGCAAGACCUACAAACUUAACUGAAGCAUCAGUAUCUUCACCAGCUCUUUUAUCUGGAGAAAGUGUAUCAGCCCCAUCUAGACGAAAUAGACGUACAGAAUAUUUAGAACGCAAUGUUCCACUUAUUAUUCGGGAAUUAAAUACAGUUCAAAACGAAAGUUUUAUAGUUACCGAUUUACAAAGUCAGCAGGGUGAGAGUUCUAGUGGGAUUUUGGAACGAAUUUACAACUUAUAUCUUGAAUCUGAGGAUGCGGAAACAAAUGCAAGAAAUGCUAAUCAUAUAGCAGUAUCAUCUAAUUACCGGUUUGGGGUAGUACUUGAGGAUCGAUAUGGAAUGUUAGUACAAGUGACUGGUAAUGACCACAAUGCACGAGAGGCUCUUAAUAGUGAAGUAGAAGGUCUUUUUCCUAACAUCGACCAGUCUACUGUCCGCAGAAAGAUAAAAAGGGCUCGUGUCAUUUAUGAAAUUUUUAAUGAAAUUGGUGUAGAUAAAAUAUAUAGAAUAUCCUCUUCUGUUUCAUUUUUCUCAGAAUUAAGGAGAGAAGAUAUAGGCAAUAUUAUAUCGAGUUGUCGUUAA